AUGCUUUUUGUACUAGCUUUCGCUUGUUGCGAGGUGCUCAAAGAAAGUGGUGUUCCUAUUGAACGGCACCCCUUAUAUGGAUUUUAUCAAGCACAUGUAAUGCUUUCGUUCAUAAAUUGGGCAUUAGCAACAGGCGUUUAUAUUGUUGUAGCUCUAAGUUUGGAGCGUUACGUAUCCGUUGUCUUUCCUCUUCAUUUUCGCAUGUGGAAUUCUCCUAAACGUGCAAUGAAGGCAAUUAUAAUAGCUUAUACAGUCCCAGCAUUGUUUUAUAUUCCAUAUGGUAUUGGAAGGUAUUCAGUUAGUGAAAAGAUUAAUUCACGUGGAGAAAUAACUUAUGGUGCUAUUGACAGCGAAAUUUCAAAAACUUUUGGAUGGCAGGUAAAGAGACCUAUUUCCCCAUCAAACACAAAAACCUUCACCAAAUCUCUCUUUCAGGUCUACAAAUGGACUCGAGAAGCAUUUCUUCGUUUUUUACCAAUUGUUAUCCUUUUUGUGCUCAAUUUUCAAAUAAUGAUAGCAUUUCGUCGACGUCAAAAAAUGUUUGAUAGACUAAGAAAUCGAGAAACUGCAGCUAGAGAUGAUACCCUACUUUACAUUUUAGGAGGGAUUGCAGUUAUGUUUUUUGUUUGUAAUAUACCUGCAGCUAUAAAUUUGUUAUUUAUUAAUGAAGUUGUUAAGAAAAGGCCGGAUUAUCAGAUUUUUCGCGCCGCCGCCAAUUUACUCGAAAUUACAAAUCACGCAGCUCAAUUUUAUAUUUUUUGUGUUUGUUCUAGUGAUUAUAGAGUGACAUUUAUGCAAAAAUUUCCUUGUCUUAGAGCUUAUUAUGUAAAUAAAAGCAAAUUUUGCUCAUUUCUUCGAAAUGCCUCUCAAUUGCCUAAAAGAUCGGUAGCUAGAAGAACAAUUUCAACAACAACAAAUUCUAAAAUUGGGAACAAUGUUAAUAAUGUUUGUGGAACGAUGAGACGUUCAGUUUCUGCUUCAAAUACGCCUUUAAAUGGUGAGGAACCUUAUUUCUGA